AUGAAGCCUCGCCGCCUCGUGUCUGUGCGUAGAUUGGCUACGACAGCAGACCCCGCAGCAAACCCCAACAGAGUGCAUGGCGGGUUGAAGGACCAGGACCGUAUUUUCCAGAACUUGUAUGGCAACUACGGCCAUGACUUGAAAUCAGCCCAGAAAAUGGGGGAUUGGUACAAGACCAAGGAGAUCUUGUUGAAAGGCGACAAGUGGAUCAUCGACGAGAUGAAGAAAUCCGGCUUGAGAGGAAGAGGUGGUGCCGGUUUCCCUUCGGGCCUCAAGUGGUCGUUUAUGAACCCGCCAGGAUGGGAAAAGAACCCCGGGCCAAGGUAUUUGGUGGUCAAUGCCGAUGAAGGUGAGCCAGGAACUUGUAAAGACAGAGAAAUUAUACGGAAAGACCCCCACAAGUUGGUUGAAGGCUGCUUGUUGGCAGGAAGAGCAAUGAAUGCCUCUGCCGCCUACAUCUAUAUCAGAGGAGAAUUCUACAACGAAGCAACUAUACUACAGAAUGCAAUUAAUGAAGCUUACAAGGCAGGAUUACUCGGCAAGAACGCCUGUGGAUCCGGAUACGACUUUGACAUCUACAUCCACAGAGGUAUGGGUGCAUACAUUUGCGGUGAAGAAACGGCCUUGAUUGAAUCCAUCGAGGGCAAGGCCGGCAAGCCCAGAUUGAAGCCUCCAUUCCCAGCAGGUGUGGGUUUGUUUGGUAGACCAACCACGGUGGCAAAUGUCGAGACGGUGUCCGUUGCACCCACAAUUUUAAGAAGAGGCGGCGAAUGGUUCGAUGCCUUGGGAAGAGAAAGAAAUUCUGGCACAAAAUUGUUUUGUAUCUCAGGUCAUGUUAACGAGCCAUGCACAGUUGAAGAAGAAAUGUCGAUACCUUUGAAAGAGUUGCUUGAGAAGCAUUGUGGAGGCAUUAAGGGAGGAUGGGACAACCUUCUCGGGGUUGUGCCUGGUGGCUCCUCAGUUCCCAUCAUGCCAGCAGAAACGUGUAACGAUAUAUUGAUGGACUACGAUGCCUUGAGAGACGUGGGUUCCGGGUUGGGAACUGCGGCCGUGAUCGUGAUGAACAAACAGACGGAUGUCAUCAGAGCCAUUCAAAGAUUUUCUCAUUUCUACAAGCACGAAUCGUGUGGCCAAUGCACACCAUGCCGUGAAGGUACUACUUGGCUCCAAAGAAUGAUGGAUAGAUUCCAAACGGGCCAAGCUAGCGAAAGAGAAAUCGAUAUGAUUUAUGAGUUGACCAAGGAAAUCGAAGGCCACACCAUCUGUGCUUUGGGCGAUGCUGCUGCAUGGCCAGUGCAAGGUUUGAUCAAAUCAUUCAAGCCUGUCAUGAUUGAAAGAAUCAACCAAUUCCAAAAAGCACACGAGAACCAAGGUAAAAUUGGCUAUGGUGGUUGGGUGAGUGAUGGUAAAGUGAAGGAUGGUGUUGUUGUUGAUAAUCCAAUUCCACAUGGCCACUAG